AUGCACCUGGCUCAGGCGGAGCAGGUUGCUCUGCAGGAGGCCCUGUCCAACAUGGCAGCAGCGGGGGGCAUCGAGCCCACUACAGUGCGAGACGCGACAUUCAAGAGCACGCACUUCAUGGUACCCAAGAGCGGUGGUCGAUGGAGGCUAGUGUUCAACCUCAAAGCGCUGAACGAGUUUGUGGACAACUCCCAUUUCAAGAUGGAAACGUUGGCAGUCGUACCCGAGCUAGUUCAGCCGAACUGGUGGUUGGCGAAACUCGAUCUGAAGGACGCCUUUCACUCGGUACCGGUGCACAUUCACAGCCGACGCCUCCUCCAGUUCAUGUGGAACGACCAGGUAUGGCAGUACACUUGCCUCCCGUUCGGUCUGUCGGAGUCACCCCGCACGUUCACCAAGGUGCUUCGUCCAGUAGCAGCGUGGCUCCGUACAAUGGGUCUGCUCAUCGUUGUCUAUCUGGACGACUGGCUGUUGAUAGCACACUCCCCUGCUCUAGUGGCGCAGCAGAUCCAGUUUGUGGCAGCCCUCCUAGAACGACUGGGCUUCAUAGUCAACCGCCAGAAAUCUAUCAUGGAGCCGACGCAGAUCCUGACGUUUCUCGGAGUCGAAGUGAACUUGGUGCGCAUGGAAUUUUCCUUGCCUCGCGACAAGCUGGACAAGAUUCGCUCCGAGUGCCGUCGCCUGCGCAACAAGGGAUUUGCUACCCUCGCCGAACUGCGUUCACUGACAGGCAAGAUGGUUGCAGCGCGCCCUGCAGUACACCUCGCUAUGCUUCAUGUCCGGGGACUGCAGUUCCUGCUGAACGAGGCUCUGGCACACCGUCUCGAGACCCAACAGUUGGACGAAUGGGCCUGCAGCGACCUGCGUUGGUGGAUAACGACGGCGGGGUGCCCGAUACCCAUGCACAGAGACCCACCCUCGGUCACCAUGAGCUCAGAUGCGUCCAAUGUAGGAUGGGGUGCUGCUGUGGAUACGGCGCAUGCCGGUGGGCCAUGGUACGAGUCCGAAGCUGCGCACCACAUCAACUGGAAAGAGCUGAUCGCGGUAUGGUUAGGUUUGAAAAGCCUGCUCCGCAACGCAUCCAACCAAACCAUCCGGUUGGAAAUCGACAAUACGACCACCGUGGCAUACCUCAAUCAUCAGGUAGGCACUCAUUCUCGGCGUCUGUGUACGCUUGCGAUUCAGGUGCUGGAGUGGGCUGCAGCCCGACACCUGGAGCUGGAAGCGGUUCAUGUGCCAGGAGCCCUGAACCACACAGCAGACUAUCUGUCCCGUCACGUGGAGGAGACGGGCGACUGGAUGCUCCCGUACCAUGUGUUUACUACCAUCCAACAGACAUUCGGCCCGCUGAGUGUAGAUCUGUUUGCGGCCCGCCACAAUGCUCGCCUGCCCCGCUACCUGAGCUGGCGUCCAGAUCCAGAGGCAGAAGCAGUGGAUGCCUUCUCCACCCCUCCAGAGCUAUGGGAGAAUGCUUAUGCCUUUUCCGCCAUUCAGCCUGCUCACCCGGUGUCUUCGCUACAUCCGGCAACACGACAUUCGACGGGUAAUCGUGGUGGCUCCAGCCUGGCAGUCACAGGCUUAUUACCCUCAGCUGCUCCGAAUGUCCUGCAGUGCUCCGCUACGACUAGUAUCGUCAGACGUUCUGGACCCACAGGGACAAGUCCAUCCACAGGCACAACGCCUACGACUGACCGUAUGGAGUAUCUCCGGGAAGCAGCCUCGCUGCGAGGCCUUUCGCAGGGAGCUGUCACUCUCUGGCUCUCCUCCUGGCGAACUAGCACCAACGCAACGUAUCAGUCAGCAUGGCGACAGUGGGUGGGCUGGUGUUGCGAACGACGUGUGGAUCCCGUAUCGGCGGACCCUACUCAAUUAGCCAACUUUCUAGCGACACAGUAUGAGGCAGGCAAGCAAUACCGUACCCUGAACGUGUACCGUUCGGCGGUGUCAUCCACCGUACCGCCACUCCACGAUAAUGUACCCGUCGGACAAUCGCCUAGCGUCGUCCGGGUUAUGCGUGGUAUCUACAAUCAACGACCGCCAUUGCCUCGCUAUUCACGUACGUGGGACGUGGCCACUGUUCUAGAAUACAUUCGGUCAUUGGGCCCGAAUACUGCUUUGACCCUGUCGCACCUGUCCUGGAAGCUGUGCAUGCUGCUCGCACUGGCUAAGGCAGCAAGAGUAAGUGAGAUCUGUCACUUGGAUAUCCGCGCAAUGCGCUUCCUGGCAGAUGGUGUCGAGUUUGAGCUGACUCACGUCACCAAAACACAACGCUCUGGCGGCCCGCGGAAGUUCUUUGUGCCAGGUCUGCCGGCUGAUCCGAUCCUGUGCCCAGUGGAAUGCAUCAAAGCCUAUCUAGACGUGACUAGGUCCAGCCGCACUACACCAGCGCAGAGUGCUCUCGUUGUGUCCACUCGCCGACCCUUUCAGCCAGUCUCGACCUCAACUGUCGCCAGAUGGGUGACAACACUGCUCCAAGCAGCGGGUGUUGAAAGUGACUUCUCAGCCCAUUCUACGCGGAGUGCCUCCACUAGCGCUGCACGACAAGCCGGGGUGUCAUUGGCGGAUGUGUUGGCGACAGCUGACUGGUCACGGCCCAACACAUUCAUCCGCCACUAUUACCGACCGCACAGCCAAGCUUCUUUUGGCCAAGCCGUCUUGACGGUUAGCACUGGGUGA